ACACACACACACACUCUUUAAUUAGCCUUUUUUUAGCCCAUUCUGGUACCAUAGGCAGAAUCUCCGUUUUCAUGCUUUGGGGACAAAACUUUCGUUUGAGAACAAGCUGGGGUCCGUCACCCCCUCACCUUUCCCCUGACAGCCCCUCUGCUUUAGCACGUAGAAUUCUCCAUUUGCCCCAAGCUGCUGUUCAAAUAUUUAUUAUUGAAAUAGCCUACAAGUUCAUCCACAGAAAACAGGCUUUCGAUCCUGUAAAAACACUAAGUAAUGAAAUGUGCUCUUCGUGUGAAUUUACCUGUCACUUCUGAAAUCUCCUCACGGCCCCUGAUCUGCAUGAGGCCGCAGCAGCUUUGCCUGCAGACAAUGGGGACAAAGCGUGUCCUGAUCUGAACCCUGGCAGGGAGGGGGGGCGUAAUUCCACUCCGCAGGUUGGGAUUGAGUAAACGGGAACCGUCCCAACUCUGUGCCUUUAGGCUUCAGCUUGGCAGCUUGCGAAUGUCUUAUCCUUGUCAGCCAUUAAUAAGAUCUGGAUCAUGUUUUACCCAUUUUGAGGACAUUUAGUACAUAAGGUGUGCUGUGUGUUCCUGCAGGAGUCCCUAAAGAUCAGACACAUAAAAUAGCUCUACGAUUUAAGUAUAAAAUUACUAAAAUUUAAACUGAAGCUAAAAUGUAUAAGAAAUAAGUAGAAAUAUAUCUUUACAAUACAAAAUAAUAUGGACUAAUAAAUCUGCAGUGAAAAAUAACUAAAACUAAACUGGGUGAAAACUGAAAACAAUAUAAAAAUAAAAACUAAAUUAAAAUGAAAACUGUAAUAACGCUGCUCUGAAACCACAGUCUCUUUCCUGAGCCUUUAGAUCAGCCAGAAAGCUGAUUUGGCUUUUACAUGCCAGCAAAGAGCCAGUUGGCUCAUUCGUGGGUUUUUACAUUCUGGCUGAGAUAUGAUUGGGAUAUGGGAUAUACCAUUAUUCUGAUUGAUUGAUCAUGCUUGAAAAGCCAUAGCCUGUGUUUCAGUCUGUUCGUCUUUCCCGGACACUGGGCUGAGUGGUGUGUUUCUGUAUGCUUGUGGGUGGAUUGGGCACGGCCAUGUCUCCGGCACAGGACUUUAUCGGACCUCAGACUGGGCUGGGUGGCCUGGCCCGUCUGUUCCAGUGCUGUGGGCGUCUCUGCCCAGUGGCCGUGAUUUUCCGCUGUUGUCUUUUCUCGCGCCAUUGUGAUCGUCACUGUCCUCCCCGGCCUUUCAAUGACAGCCCUGCCAUGACUGCUUAUUCAAAGCACCUUGUCACCCGCCGCCCACUCUCCAGCUGGUGCCUGAAUGGCUCCUGUCAGGGUGAGAGAGGAUCCAUGGAGCAACUGGCGGUUAAGGGCCUCGCUCAGGGGUCCCGCUCAAGGGCCCAAUGGAAGGAGGUCCAGGAGAAUUGCGUUCACUGGCAGAACAAGUUCUCCUUCACCUGCAAGAUGAGCGCCAACCCCACCACCGGGAUGCUGGACUCCUGCGUGUGCCGGGUGUCUGUCCGCAAGGAACUCAAAGGAGGAAAGACAUUUUCAAAACUCGGUUUUGCUGACCUCAACAUGGCGGAGUUCGCGGGUUCGGGCUCCACAGUGCGUUGCUGCUUGCUGGAGGGCUAUGACACCAAGAACACCCGGCAGGACAACUCCAUCCUCAAGGUCACCAUUGGGAUGACGCUCAUGUCCGGAGAUCCCUGCUUUAAAACGCCCCCCAGCUCUGCAAAGUCAAUCUCUGCUCCAGGACAGGACCACUCCCUGCAGCUGGACUGCAAGGGGGAGGGCACAGUGGCCACGCCCACACUCCCCACGACUGGCACGGCUUCCGCCCGGGCGCUGAAGUCCAGGCCCUCCAUGAUGAGCGCUGGUCUGCCCGAGGAGCCCGACCAGAACCUGUCCAGCCCGGAUGAGGUGUUCCACACGGGCCACUCUCGCAACUCCAGCUACGCCAGUCAGCAGAGCAAGAUAUCAGGUUACAGCACGGAGCACUCCCAUUCGUCUAGCCUGUCGGACCUCACGCACCGGAGGAAUACCUCUACCGGCAGCAGUGCCUCGGGCGGCCUCGGUGUCACUGUGGAGGGUCCCGUUGAGGGUGACAGGGAACCGGGCCGUGGGGAGAGACCCCCCCGACCUCCUCGGCCCACGCUACCCCCUGGCCGACUCUCAAGGCGGAAGAAGGACUCUGUGGAGAGUCACCCAACCUGGGUGGACGACACCCGCAUCGACGCCGAUGACAUCGUGGAGAAGAUUGUCCAGAGCCAGAACUUUGCCGACAUCAGCAACAGCGAAGACAGCAACCUAAGGCUCUUUGUCAGCAGAGACGGGACCACAGCCCUGAGCGGGACCCACCUGGGCACCAGGGUUUCUGCUGGUGUCUUUGAGCCAGUGGUGAUUGAGAGUCAUUAGGAUUCAGACUGCUUGGAUGUGUCUGUGUGUCUAAGUGUGUAUCUGUGUGUGUGUGUGUGUGUGUGUGUGUGUGAGCAAGCAGGGGGCGACAGUGCACCCUCAUUACCUCUCUGUGCAUGCCGAGUGUGUCGCUGUGAAAACAACCCCCCCAGGAUGGAGGACUCCCUAACGCCCCCACAGCUGUGGCUGUCUGUAGUGUGAACACCUGCCUUUUCCUCCUUUGAGCGUUUCCUAACUUUCAAAGUGAAUAAAUACGUGCAAAUGGCUUCCCCCCAACUGGAAACAGCCCCCCCCGCAGGAAAAGCAGGGGGGACGGUCACCCCAUGGGACCUCCAAACAUUCCAAGUGGCUGCUAAGGGAUCCCCCAGCUCGUGCUCCUCGCUCUGGGAACCGGAUCGCCUACUGAGAAGCUCCCAUCAUCGCUAUGACCGAGGUCUCAGCUCCCAAAAGCCGGGCCGCUUAGGGCUGAGGUCAAACAGAAUGUCUUUGUAAUGCAUGUGGAGCAGCGGCCCAGCUUUCUGGGUGUAGUUAGGGAUGUUGACCACUAGAUGGAGACUGGACAAAUAAGGAAACCCAGCAGCCUGUUACUGUGACGUCGCCUGUUUAUUUACCGUGUGGCUGGUUCCUGUGUGGAUCCUGUUUGUCUCACCUGUGAUACCACGUGGUAUUUAAGGGCCUCAGCUGGUCUGGAGGCACUGAGAGGAACAGAAACAAACUGUUUCCUGUUUUUUUUUCCUGUUUCAAGUUGAUGUGGGGGAUCAGAUGGGGGGGGGGGGGAGGGGACAGCUGUAGGUUCUUCACAGGUCUUGUGCCCAUGUGAUGAGACCAUGACCUUUGACCCUGCAUGAUUAUUCAGUGUAUGACAGAUGGGCAUCUGGGGAAUUCAGGCCCACACUGGAUGCUGAUGGUCACUCUGUCCCCCCUGCCCACCCACUGCACCUGAUCCCAGACCUGUAACACUACAGCCAGGAGCCAGGCCACCGUACAGACGUUCACUGUUUCUGAGUUUUUCGGAAAUUCAAGGUGAAGGGCAUGUUCCGCCUUACUGAUUGCCAAACUGUAUAAACCCCCCCCAUGUUUUUUCAUUUGGGGUUGAUUGGAGGUCCGUUUAGGCCAGAGGGACCUGCAAAUAGGUAUCUGGCCUAGCUGAUCCAUAGUGACUUCAGCUCAGCCUGGGUCACAGUGUCACUGUACUUCGACAUGCUGGGAUGCACAUCCUUUCCCAGUAAAUUAAGGUCAUUGGCGGUCCUGGUAUCUUGGUUAAAACUGCACACCCCCAGUAAGACGCCCCACUACAGUCAGAGCCAUAAGGUCGUCAGCUCGGUGGUCCUCUAGUGACCUCGGAGUGAAGGUUCCUGAGAUGCUGCUCCACAGCUGCUCUGAGCUGAUCUGCUUGAGGUAUGGAACGGUCACCCAGGUGUCCCGACACUGGUUUCUGCACUUCCCCGUCUUCUCUGAGUAGUAUGAAAGACAGCCAUUGGUUUGAGCAGUAUGAAAGACAGCCAUUGGUUUGAGCAGUAUGAAAGACAGCCAUUGGUUUGAGCAGUAUCAAAGACAGCCAUUGGUUUGAGCAGUAUCAAAGACAGCCAUUGGUUUGAGCAGUAUCAAAGACAGCCAUUGGCCGGAAUAUGGCCCUGUCUCAUGGACACGUUGGACAGACACUGAAGCUUCAGGUGACGUGGACGCUGUGACACUGUAAUACUGUGUUUGGACGCUGUGACACUGUAAUACUGUGUUUGGACGCUGUGACACUGUAAUACUGUGUUCGGCACUGUUUCAUUUAGCUUGUGAAGCAUUCAUGCUUUUGAUGCAGAGGGUGGAAUGAUAUUCGCCAUAUUAGUUAGUUUCGAAUAAAGAAUAAUUCCUUUUUUCCUUGUCUCCCCAAAACCAGCAGGCUGGUUCUUAUGUUUUGAUAUUAUAUAGACAUCGGAGGAAUGCAACCUUAUAAAAGCGGGCAAAACAGAGAAGAGAAAAAUGUAUGGAUCAGUAUCGAAGAGUAUUCUUUGAUUAUGAUUUCGGUUAGUCAUAGUAGGAAGCCUGAUUUGUUGUAAGAGCUGUUUUUUUUGUACUUUAUUCCUACUUCUGUAUGUUGUUUUUUUCCAUUUCCGCUCCGUUGUGACUGGCCGAACAUGUAGGUUUUAGGAUGUUGUAUUUUGGGUCACGCUGUGGCCGUUCGGUGUUGUGUCGCCUCAAGUUUGCCAUUAAGAGUAGUUGUGUGUCCCGUAAUAAGACAUAUUUAUUUUCACAAUAAGGGGUGUAACCAGGAAAUGAAUGAGCACACAUCAGUGAAAGGCAUACAGCAAGCACCUGGCAAGAGGUGAUUUACUGCUGUUUCACAGCGAUCAUCGCCGAUUAUGGGAGACUGCCUUGAGUAAAUUUGCGUAAUUAAAUCUGCUUUUUUGAAUACCAUAUGGGACACAAAUUUUUACAGAAGAGUGCUGAUAGAUUGCAGUUAAAAUGAGUCCCGCAUUUUGUAAAUUUGGGGAUUUCUUUCUGAAAAUGAAAACCAAGACAAUAAUAGCUAUUCUCUUCACGUUACGUGUUGUGAAGCAAAACAGAUAUUGCUUUGAAUUCUCGAAAGGCCUACAUGAUAUGACGUUUGUCACAACUGCACCUCAGCGACGGCAACUCAUUUUCUUGAGGUUCCGAUUUCAGUUUCUCCUCUUCAUUAAUAGGGCUGUUUAAAUCUAUGCACAGAAGUCUAAAAACGAUUAUAUGCUUUCCUGUUCCCACUUUACCAGUGUUAAGCUAUCAAAUGCGUACUGAAAGAUUUCUAUAAUUUUCUUAAUUAAAUGAAGCUAUAUAAUGGAUUACUUUGAAAGAAAUAAUUAGAUGGUUCUAUUUUUUAUGGUUCUUCAAAAUAUUUUUGUUUCAUUUUUAUAACUAAAAAACCUAAAGUAAAUGGCUUCUUAAGAGUGUCCUUUUCCCCUGAGGGCCUGAUUUCUCUCUUGCGCUUCAGUUUAUCUUAAAUCCACAGCACAGGUUAAAUUACCACUAAUUUGAUAUAUCCAGAAAGGUAUUUUUAAACGUGAAAUUACCCCCUUCUUUACUGACAGCAAACCAGUGUCAAGGAUGACAUAUGAUAAGAACACAAGCUAAGUGUUUUGGCAAUAUUUCAAGGAACGGAUGGGUGUGCUGUACAUUGCCCUUCAGUGUACACUAAUGUUAGUCAUACAGUUACAUAUUAAAGUAUUUUGGGAUUCUGACUCAUUCUGUCUGCUGGAUUUUUAAGGGGUUGAAUGACCCUGAAAAUGCAAAAUAUAUUAAAAAAUAACUUAGCUUGUGUUUCUAAGAAGCCUUUUCUUUUGUUUACUACUGACUGUGCUGUGACACAGAAAAAUGGCAGUAGUUUAAUUUGUAUUUAUAACUAAAAGAAAUGUGACAAGCUGUGGGGCGAUUGGUGAGCUGGGGGAAAAUCAGGCCGUGGGGCUAAUUAGAGGCACGGAACUCUGUUACACGAUUUACAUUCUGUAGAGAUUUGAUUCACUUCAGCUUGAGCACUGUGAUCUAACAAAAGAAAAGUAUAUUUCUACUCAUCGUUUGAUGUUUCUAUUGUAGUAUAAAAAGAAUAAAUGUCAUAUUUGGGAAGAAUAAAUGUGCUGGGAACCACA